AUGACCUCAGCAGAUCAAGAUCAAACAAUGGCAUUGAAUGCCUUGAAUGAGACAUACAACAUUGCAAAUACUCAAUUAGAAGCAGCCAAAAAGUCAUCCAAAGUAUCCGGCUAUUUCUCGGGAUACUACAACUACUUGAAAAAGAAAGGCGAUUCACCAACAGACGCUGCUACUCCAGAAGGGACCUCAACUGCUCGUCCCACUUCCAGCUAUCCGCCCAACAGUGUCUUGCGUGCACAUGUUUUGAAAGCCGAAUGCUGUCUGCAGAUUGCUAUUUUGCAAUUACUGCAGGAAUCUGUCAUGGGCUAUGUCAAGUGUGGCUUAAACUUGCGAAGAGCGUAUUCAUCUUACAGUUAUGUGUGGUCAGAGUAUGAAAAGAUGGGGGCAGACCACUUGGCAUUCAUGGACUCGGAUACCAUUUCUGGCGUGCAAUUUGGUAUUGGCUCUGUUCAUCUCGUAUUAUCCGCUUUGCCGGCCAAAAUUCUCAAGGCGAUAUCAGCAUUUGGAUGGCAACCUAACAAGAAGUAUGGUUUCGUACUGCUCAACGAAUGCCGUCAAAGCAAAAGAGUGCGAUCCUCCAUGGCUACUAUCAUGUUACUGGCUUACUACACUGCUGCCAUCUCCUUUGCUCCUCAAAUCAUGUCUGACGUCUACAAGAAAACUGCCAUGGAUAUUUUAUUAGACGCUCAAAAGUAUCAUCCCAAUUCUGCAGUAUUUCUCUUCUUUGCUGGCCGUAUGGCUCGUAAUGGCCUGGAUUUACCACUAUCUACACAAUCAUUCUUAUAUGCAGCUGAAAUAAGCCGUGGUGAAUGGGCUGAAGUGGCUGUUACAAACUCAUGUCGAUUUGAAAUGGCCAUGAAUCACAUGCUCACUGGCAACUGGAGCCAUGCAGCUGCAGCAUUUGAAUAUCUGUAUGAACAGCAGUACUGGUCUACUGCUUUCUGUCGCUAUGCCCAAGGUGCUUGCUACGAAAUGAUGGGCGAGCGCACUGAAGCCAUUUUGAUAUUCGCAGAGGUUCCUCAACUUGUCGUAAAGAAACUCGGUGGUCGUCUAUCCGACAUUGACUCAUAUGUGCUGCGUAAAAUCACCAUGUUUCAAAAGAGUGGCUAUCAAAACUUGGAUUUCUAUGCACCCAUUCUUGAAUUCAUGUAUAUUUGGAACGUCUUUCCCUAUAUCAGUCCCGAGUUGUUAACUGAAGCAUUGAAUCGUGUUCAACGAAGUUUGGCUGCCAUCCAAAAAUGCGAGAAUAUAGAGCAAGAGCAACGAAUGAUGGAAUUAGCACCAGAUGCACCAACGCCUGAUUAUUUUGAUGAGAGAGCCUGCUUGCUGGUUGUCAAGGCUGCCAUUCUGAAUGUCCUCGGAAGACCAGAAGAUACAACGUUGGAUAUCAAUUGGAUCCUGGAUCACAAAGAAUGUAUAUCGCAAGAUACGUGGACGGUUCCCUAUGCCCUUUGGGAGGCUGGUGUUUCUUGCUGGUCGCUUGAUCUCAAAAAUAAGAGUCGACAGGUCUGGGAAAUGGCUUUGGAUCACGGAAAGCAUGACUUUGAGCAUCGAUUAGCUGUUCGUCUCAAUUUGGCACUGGCACAGACAGAAGAGCUGGGAUACACUGAGCCUCAGCCUACUGAACCUAUCGAUGAUAAAAAGCGAUUUUCUGUCGCAUUAGUAGACCAGCCCUCCACCAACAACAGCAUAGCAUCCUCUUCUUGA